GGUGGAUACGAUCUCCACUUUCAUUCCCGUCUUCAUCUCCAAAACCCUAACCCUAUUGGAAGCGCCUCUGCUCGCAAUCGAUCGCCAUGGCCGCCAAUCCGAGCUCGAUCCCCAUCACCGAGCUUUUCUGGUCCCUUCUCGAUAAGGCUGAUCGCAAGUUCUCCCUCCUCCGUGACCUACCCUCCUUCUCCCGCAACCGCAACGACCUCGAUUUCCACAAGGCAUUCAAGAUCUACACCCAGCUAUGGAAGAUGCAGCAGGAGCACCGACAGAAGCUCACCGACGCUGGCCUCAAGCGUUGGGAGGUUGGCGAGCUAGCUUCGCGGAUCGCCCAGUUAUAUUACGGGCAGUACCAGCGCACCAGCGACUCGUCCUUCCUUUCCGAGGCCUUCAUCUUCUAUGAGGCCAUCCUCUCCCGUGAGUACUUCCGCGAUGCUUCUUCGUCUUCACCCGACCCGGCCCUCGCCAAUAAACAACUGAGGUUUCUUGCUAGGUUCUUGAUUGUUUGCCUUCUUCUUGGCCGGAGAGACAUGGUUUCUCGGCUCGCCAGUCAGCUGAGGGUUGUCCUUGAUGAAUGCAAGAAGAAUUUCCAGGAAACAGAUUUUAAAGAGUGGAAGCAUGUGGUUCAGGAAAUAUUCAGAUUCAUGAAAGUUGAUACACCUUUUAUUAAUAUGAGGCCUUUGAGAUACAGUUUUGUCUAUGAUUCUAAUCCAAACUCACUUUCAGUUCCAUCUCAUACCAACCGUCGCUUGGUUCUACGAGAUUCAAUCUUGAGCACCUACCACCACAAUGAGGUCAAGUUUACAGAGCUUACUAUUGAUACAUACAGAAUGGUUCAGUGCUUGGAGUGGGAACCCUGUGGUUCCUUCUCCCUGAAGGGUGGAGCUAACAGUGGCCACAACGAAUCUGGCCCUAACCGAGUAAACCUGCUGCAAGAUAUUAGAGAUCCUUCUCUGCCUCCAAACCCUCGGAAAGUGAUUCUAUAUCGUCCAUCUAUUACCCAUUAUCUUAUGGUUCUUGCCACAGUAUGUGAAGAGCUCCCAUCAGAUGGAAUUCUGUUGAUAUACCUUUCAGCACCAGGUGGCCUGCAAACUGUGACACUUAGUUCUGGAAGUUCUCCAGAUACUGUUCACAGAAUUGCGGAGAAUUCUGAUGGCGCUGAGAUGGCAUCUCCAAUAAACUCUCCAUCUAACAGCCCCCGACGAACCUCCUUUCAUGAGAAUGACAAUCAGAAAACCAAUAGUGAGGCUGCCCUUUGGCUAGGUUCUCGUGGAGCUGGAGGUUCAAAAUAUCUCUACCCCUGUGAUUUGAUCCCAUUUACUAGGAAGCCAAUUUUUUUGGUCAUUGAUAGUGACAAUAGUCAUGCAUUCAAGGUUAUACAUGGGGCUGAGAAAAGAGAGACAAUAGCUAUGCUUCUUUCCCCAAUCUCUCAACUUAUAGGAACAGAUUUUGCUCCUGAUUCCAUGCGCCACCAACAUGGCAGUUAUUUUACUUUAUUUCUCACUGCACCAUUGCAAGCUUUCUGCUUGCUGGUCAAUAUUUCUGGCAUGAAUAUGGAAAAGGACACAUAUAAUAAGGCUGAAAAGUUAUUGUCAUCGUCCUUAUCUGAGUGGGAGUCAACUCUGUUGACAUCUGACUCUCUCCAUCCAGUUUGGGUUGAAGCCUUGGGUGAUCCUUUUCUAAGGCGACUUCUUCUUAGAUAUAUUUUCUGUCGUACUGUUUAUGCACUCUAUGCAAAAACAUUUCGUCGGGAAGAGUUCUCGCCUACUUGUCUACCUCACUUACCAGACUCGGUACUUCCAGAGGAGACGAUAUCCCAAACGGCGGUGUUACGCCUUGCAAACAUGUUCAAUGUCAAAGAUUAUUUUGCUUUCUCAGAUGGAAUUGUUGCUUCUGAGGUCGACGAAAAUGAGUCUACUGCUGAUGAAUGCUAAGCCAGAGAAAAUGGAAAAUUUGGCUCAAAUCUCUUUGAGAAAAGAAAAAUUAGAAUGCUGCUGAUUUGUGAAUAUCCAGUUAUUGUGAAAACCUAUUGCAUCCUUUUUUUUUUUUUCUUUACCUGUUAUUAGUCCCUUGAAAACCUACCAAACUCUCAUGUUGUGUAAAAAUGAUUAUAUUGAUGAUUUGAUGGGGAAUUUGGUAACAGUUAAAGAUGAGGGGUAGCUAAUAAAAUAAUGGUGCUUUUUUUUA